AACUCUUCUCAGCCUCAUGCCUCCAUGGAACCUGCCUGUCAGGUGGGCACCUGGAAUCUCAAGCAACUUUCUCAAGAAGGGCCAAGGCGUGGUCGUCGGCCACGCACAAGAUUUCUCUCCAAACAACUCGCAGCAUUGAGAGAAUUGCUUGAAAAGACCAUGCACCCGAGUUUGGCUACAAUGGGGAAACUGGCUUCAAAGCUACAACUUGAUCUAUGCGUAGUAAAGACUUGGUUCAAGAACCAGCGUGCCAAAUGGAACAGGCAGCGGCGACAGCAAGUGAAGCCAUGGCCACCACUAGGACCAGCAAACCAGACCAUUUCAGUGAAGAAGGAGGAGACUCCCUCAGCCAUAACUACCGCAAACAUUCAUCCAAUAAGUCCUGGAAUCUCUGAUGCAAAUGACCGUGAUCUAUAUGAGCCUUCUGGUAUCAAGAAUCCUGGAGGAGCCGGCGCCUCUCUGAGGGAUUCAUCCUGGGAUUCUCAGUCAUAUGACAUUGAACAGCUAUGUCUGGGGGCUUCAAAUCCUCCUUGGGCCUCCACUCUCUAUGAAAUAGAUGAAUUUGUAAAGAUCUAUGACUUGCCAGGGGAAGAUGACACCAGCAGCCUAAAUCAAUAUCUUUUUCCAGUAUGCCUUGAGUAUGACCAGCUUCAAUCUUCAGUGUAA